AUUAAAACAGUGCCAAUAUGCAUUGGAUGUUUAUUGGGAAUUUUUUAAACAUAGAUUUGUUUUUUUGUGCUUUGAAAAGCUCAAUGAUUUUUCAAAAUGUGAAAUACGCGCGGAAAUCAAGCAACGCUUCCGCGCGUUCGGAUUCGUUGCGAAGUAUCGUUGUAUAUAUCGUUGCCUUUGCGCAGGCGAUCUUUUGAAAUGGUAUUUUUAGAGAUGCGAGUCGGUUGCCCGCUAGCAACGACGACAGUAGUCAGACAGAGUUGUUAUUAACGCUCGGAGAAACUAAAGUGCACUGCGUUUUUACAAUUUUUCGACUGACUAUUGUAAGUAGAAAAUUUAAAUGGGAACAUCAAGUAGCAGUAAUGGUACACCGGUUGCAAUCUCAACGAGCAAACAUGAGGCAGAAACAUCUUCAAAUCCAGCAAAUGCUUGUCUCAUGAACGACGAAAGACAAAGAAUGUAUGUCGGAACAAGUAUCUGUAAGAAGGAAGAACAGUCACAAUCGCAAUUAACGUGUACCACGCAAAUGACAGGUUGGAAGUCCGUCGAUGGUCACGAUCACCUAAUGUGUCAACAAAGUAAUGAAAUCGUCGAGCUUUCGCGAAUUAUUUCGCAGUUGGCUAUGACCAAUCAUCAAUUAGUCAGUGCGCAUAAUGCAACGCUGAAGCGUAUGGAAGCGUUAUAUUUGGAGCUAUCGAAGGAUAGAAAGGUUUGCUUGCAAAAUAUUUCGGCAGAGAAUCUGGAAGUAUGCGAAAACGCUUCUCAACAAAGAUUGCAGAAUAAAGACAUUGAAAAAGGAGAAAUGCAAAAAUUAGAGCAACGUAUCGUUAAAUUAGAAGAAUUAUUGAUGGCGAGUUCUUUUGAACAGUGUAAACAACAAUAUUUGCAAGAAAAUAGUAAAGUGCUCUCUAGAACGGAAAGAUCGGAGAAUUCGUUGAAGAAACGAGAUAUAAAGAACAAGAAUUCCUGUUCAAAAUCCGCGGAAUCGCACUGUGAAUCUUCGAAGCAACAAUCGAAUUAUAUCACGAUAGAUGCUAUUGAUAAAGUAUCUGACAAUUGUGACGAUGAUCAAGCCAUAAUCGAAAAGGAAAUGGAUGUUUACAUGUGCUGUAGCGCUCAUUCCGAUGAUUCCACGAUAAAUAUUCCUAGAUUAAAUAAAAAUUCAUAUUCCAUGAACGUAAAUUUAGAUAAUGUACAUAAAGAAUGCACAAAAUUGAGAGAUGACAAACAAGAUCCAAUGAGAAAUUUGAUGAACAAAGAAGUAUUUACAUUGUCAGAAGAAGUUGAAAGAUUAAAAGUGGAUCAAAUGGAAUUUCAAGGUGCGAAUGAGAAACUGUUAUGCAGUCUGACAAAUCAGAAAAAUUUGGUGGAUAAAUUAGGCGUAGAUUAUGAGGAACUGAAAACGCGAUAUGCGAUAAUAGAAGCUAAUUUACAUGAACGCAGGCAAGAGUACAACGAACUGACAAAGUAUUUAUACUGCGCUAAGGAAGAAAUCGAAAGAUUGUUGAAAGAGAUUGAUGUCUUUCAGUCUGAAAAAGACACUACCAAUACGAGAAUUUCAAUUUUGGAACAAAACCUGCAAAAAUCGUUGCUCGAGACUGAACGAAUUAAAAAUGAAGAAAACCAACAGAUAUCAAAAUUGCGGACACAAUUAUCUGAAGAAGUUUCGGACAAAAAGAAACAGAUUAAGGCUCUUGAAGAUGCUUUGCAAGAAAUUCAAAGACUGAAGGAGACUAUGAAGACUGAAACAAGCGAAGAAAACAUUGCUUCGAGAGAAGAUAUUGAUAUUGUUGACUCGGUAGAUGAUAUACCGAAAAGUACGUUGAAUUCAAAUUGCGCCAUCGCCAAUAUGGAUGAAUUUAGAAAAGAAUUAAGUCUAAAGAGAGAAGCCAGACACAGAGCUAUUGCGGCAGUCUCGUCUGAGAUGGAAAGACUUAGAAGAGAACUGGAGGCUGAGAAGGAAGCUCAUUCCAAAACAUCGAACAUGUUGGAUCAGUUACGUUCCGCUCAUAGUAAUUCGCAAGAUCUCGAUCUCGCGAAUGACGAUUUUGUCAAGACUACGAUAAAAGAACAAGAAAAGUUAAGACAUAAAGAUGAAAGCGAGAAAGCAUUGAAACGCGCGGAAGCGCAACAAUUGACGCAUACUUUAAAGAUAUCGGAUGAGUUAAGAAAUGACGUACAAUAUCAAAUUGAGAAGAUGGACGACCUUCGUUAUCACCUGGAGAGCGAUCCAGAGCGUCACCAACAACGCAUUCGCUGUUUGAAGGAAGUGACCAAUAAGGCACGCGCAUCUCUUAUUGCACGAGAACGUCAGACUAAUGAACUGAAGAAUUAUUUAGCUCAACUGGUGGUUAGAUUAGGCGACAGGAGCUUCCUAGAAAUUCAAAAUAAUGCGGGAAAUGAAUACGAGCGACAGUUGGAAAAUAUAAAUGCAUUGAAAAGUCUCUACAACGGGAGGCUGCGAGUCUUAACUGAAUUGAAAGAUUCCGCAAACAGAGAAUUGAUGGAUGUGAAACAGAAACUGGAAUACACCCUAAAGAAAUCGGAGAAUUUAGAAGAAGAACUUAAGAAAGCCGAAGAUAAGGUUGAUGCUCAAGGCUCAGAAAUAACAAAUUUGGAAUCGCAAUUGGGAUUAACCAAGGCAGAUUGUAGAGAUCUUCAAAAUCAAAUGUCUCUCAUUAAUGGACUAUUUACGCAGAUGCUGCUCGGAGCUUCCUCUGCAGAUAUGGAUCUUGAUCGGUUGACUCAGCUGUUACAGGAAAAUCACGAUCUUAUAAGUGACAUAGCCAGGGAAGAAAGUACCGAAGCAGCAGCUCUUCCUAAACUUCUUUUAGAUUUGAUUGAGCAAGUUGAAGGUGGCAAAGCGAAUAAAAAAAAUAAUGUAGAAAAUAUUGGCGAAGUUGAUAGAAAAGAAGAUGACCUACAAGAAGAACACAUCGCCCAUAAUUUACCCAAAGUAUGGCGUGUCUUAUUUGAAUUACUGAGUUGCCAUGCAAUGACCUCUCCGAGCGUUUCCGUUGCGUCUUGUUCGGACCCUAACAGCUGCUAUAAGUCUGUGGACACUCCAGCAGGUCCACGAUUAGUAAUAUCUGUGAGCAAAACGUAUAUUCGUUUAAAGGAAUUAAUUCUGGAGAAGAAACAUUUGGAGAAGGAGAUGAAUCGCAUGAAACAAUUGAACGUUCAUUUAGAGAGUAAACUUGGCGAACAGGAGAAGAGACUUUCUAUGGUGUCGGUUGAGUUGGCCAAAACGUGGAAUAUAGUCGGCCGUAUGCAGGCACAACAUCAGCAACUGCAUACACAUGAGGCUAUACUAAGAUAUGAAUUGCAGGAGAAGAGAAAAAUGUUGCAGGAGUUAAAGCAAGAGUUGGAAUACUGCAGAGAGAAAUGGGAGUCAGCUAGACAAAAAAAUACAAAUACCGAACGGGAAUGGAGAAAUUUACGUCGCGAGUUUGCUGCACGGAAAGCUUUAGUUGUCCAUGACUCUUUCAAUAGUGCUGAAAGCGGUUUUAGCGAUGAGCAAGUUGAUGAUACUGAUGAGGAAGAAGAAGUAGAAGUAAUAGAGGAACGAAUUAGACACGGUCCGCGCAGACGAACACGAAAGGAGAGCCCUAGAGUGCCAACACCGGAUACAGAAUCCGAACAGCCGACAGAUACCGAGCUGUCAGAAUCAGCUGGAUCUUUAAUGAUUUUGGAACAACGCCCACCGACUCCGGAAACUGAAGCAGAAUUGGACGAGUCAGAGACGACACCUUUUGAAGACCCAUGCAAUAAUCCGAUAUCUGAAACUUGCGAUGUAGAAACUAAUCAAACGACAACUUUUAGAACGGAUUUCUGUGACGAAAAUCUACAAUCUUGGACUGUCAAAUCUCUGUGUGCAUCCACUGAGAAGACACUGAAACAAACAGCUACAAAUAUAGAUCUAUUGGCGGUAGAUAAUGGCGAAUCUUUUAAAUCAACGACUGUGAUUAGAAAUUCGACAAAAGAGCACGAUGACGUCAACGGUGAGACAAUAAAAUCCGAAAGUAUUUCGUCAUUGCCCAUUUCUUAUACACCUUUUACUACUGUUGUAAAUACAACCGGCACGAUGUCUGUUUUUUCUAUCGGACCCCUUCCUACAAUUACUACAUCACUUUCGUCAAUAAAAAGUGUGCAAUUCAGCAAUCCUUUGAUCAUGGGACCGUCUAAUCGUUUUCUUGCUCCAGUGUUUGGUGCGGCCGCGAUGGAAUUGGAAAAUUUAACGAAUAAUUGUAUCAGUCCUUUAUCUACUAUUUGGUCCUCCUCAAUGAUGUCAUCAAGGCAAGAAGAAGAGCCAAUAGAAAACAAGGACCAACCACUUCCCAAACCAAUAAACAACGUUGUAGAUAUCGACAAUAUCUCCAUAGAUUCUUCUUCGAGUUUGGAUACAAUUCAAGAAUUUCCUACGGCCAACGUUAGCUCUAUACCUCCAUCAGAAUCUAAAGAUGAACCACGGGAAAACGCGAUAAGCUUGCAAAGAGAAGCUUCUACUUCAACUAAAUCUCGAACUCCGAAAGAAGUGUUGGCAGCACGAGCCAAUCGAUUGAAACGUUUGGAGGAGCAGGCUGAUUGGCUUAUGAAGAAAAUGACAGCUACAAGUAAACGUAGUACCGCUCUUUGCACAAGAUUGGAGGAGCUUCAUGAAGCUUAUUGUGAACCACCGGUUCCUCCACCUAUGCCAGAUGUUUUACCUAGUUGUAGACUACCAUCCACGCUGCCCAAUCAACCUCAUCAGAUAUCUGAAUCAUCAUCUACUAAUAGUACCAAAAAUCAGAGUUGGUUACUAUCCAACCCUGCCAGAAGUACCGAAGAUGAAAAUUCGAACACGCCGAAAAAUGAAGCAUCAGCAUCGAAUGUCAAGAGUUUAUAAUUAUUCACUGUUUAUUAAUUAAUCUUGUUUACGAGAAAAAUUAUAUGAAGUAAAAAUUAAUAUUUUGAAAUUGGCGAAACGCCAGAU